GGUAGGAACAAAAGGAACAUGCGGAACCCUUCACACCUCGCUGUCUCUCGUCGGAUUGUUGUUGCGGACGGAACGCUAGGCUGUCCCUUGACGCACAAAGAUCGCCUGUGUGACUUCGCUGUCCUGAACGCAACUGCGGUGAAAAUAAUAGUUUGGGCCUCGGAUCGAGCGACGGACAUUGUUUCCCGGAACAGUGAUGGAUCUGCAGUGAACACGUAGGAUGGACGGAGAUAUUUCUGGUCCCUCCCUUCCCCUCUCCGCGCUGCGUCUCCUAAUCCCGCCGAUUCGGCUGGUCGCCGCGGCCAUCUGGCAGACGGUGGAGCAGAAGAUCGUGUUGGACUAUGGGCUGCUCGAGGAGUUUGUGUUCAUGGUCACGGAGCUGGUUCCUCAACUCCUCUCCACGAGGCAGCGGGCCGAACUCAUUUUGGGUCUCAGAGCACGGCUGAUCCUGGAGCUGUGUCGCUGCGAGGAGACCGCAGAGCUCCAUAUCAUUCAGCCACAUCUGGACCGCAUGCAGAACCUCAGAUCUCUGUGGUAUGUGGAGGCAGAUAAUGCAGAGCAAGAAGUAUCUGACUCGCAAUUCAUGGGCCUUGUCCAAAAUCUGCUCCGAAAUCCUGAGGAGAGACGAAACUUCUUCCAGGAUGUUUUCCCAGGAGACUUUGGCCCCACAUACGACAAAGCAAUCCAAACACUGAUGUGGCUUUUCCUUUCCAGACUCGAAAAGAUCCUUCCCACCCAAACUCUCCAACAGAUCGCAUCUCUGAUCAGCGACACGUCCUUUGUUCUCAACGAAUGCAUGGAGACUCUGGCUCAACCCCAGGAGCUCAAAGCCUUGCUGGACACUCAGAAGGACCUCAAACAGCUGGAGGAUAUUGAAUCGUACGUCGUGGACAGUAGCAUCUUGUCUGCCCUCUGUCUCCCCCCCGUGGAAAGAGUCGUGAUCGUCAACGAGCAGAUGGAAACGGGCGCGGCGAGCGGCCUCACGUACACGGUGUGCACCGAGAUGGAGGUGGAGGCCGAGGGCAAAGACGCGCUUGCGGAGGCGACCGGGAACUCCGGCGGGGGCGCGCGAGCCCCGUGGCGCGGUCUCGGCGGCAGGGUGAAAGCCGAAGUGGACCUGGUGGUGGUCACGGGCCCCGUCGAAGGCCCCCACCCCGGUGAGAGCGAGAUGGCGGACGACCACAACAACGACCAAUCCGGGACGCUGAUGAUCGGGGUGGACGGCCAGGUGACGGUGCUCGACGACGCCGAGAAGAAGCCGAACCGCCGCGGGCGAAAAAAGAAACGGCCCGACGACGAAGACUACGAGGUGCAGGGCCGAGCGAGGGGCAAGCAGGAGGAUCCCGACUUUGAGGUCACGUGGGAAAGACCGGUGCGGAAGAACCGCGGACUCAAGAUGAAGCGGUACCUGUCGCAGUGGAGGAGAUCGGGAAAGACGCAGGACGGCAACGGGAGCCCCGAAAAGGGGGCCGCGACCAAAAGCAACGACCUCGACGAGAGAACGUGCAAAGUGUGCGGCGUGAUGGUGAGCCGAGCCAAGUUCCUGGAGCGCCACAUGAACCGCCACUCGGAGGAGCUGCCCUUCUCCUGUCCCUCGUGUAAACGGUUCUACAAGAGCUUGCGCUACUUGCAGCAACAUCGAUGUCCGAAUCAGACGAAGGGGAAGCCCGGCAGGAAACCGAAGGCACGCGGGACGGCGGCGGGCGAGGGCCAACAGUCGUCCAGCGGCGUUCCCGGCGAGGAAGCCCUCGAGGAGCGGCCCGACGGCGACCUGGAACCCGAUUGCGCCACCGAGGACGAGGGGCCGUCCAAAGAGUCGGACGAGAAAAGCCCGGAAGACGGCAAGAGCGUGCUCGAGGGUCCGUUCUACUGUCCCCACUGCAGCGUCGAGUUCAAGUGCAGACAGACUUUCCGCUUCCACCUGAGAAACAUCUGCUACAACGAGCAGCAGGUGGACCCGGAGCAGCCGGAGGACGUGAAGCACUGCUUCCGCUGCGGCGACUGCGACAAGGCGUUCAAGUACAAGUCGACGCUGGAGUCCCACAAGCAGACGCACAACCCGCUGUACUGCGAGGUGUGCAUGAAGCUGGUGCGCGACCCGGAGGCGCUGGCGAUGCACAAGGAGUCGCACACGCCGUUCCAGUGCAACCGGUGCGAGGAGAACUUCCCCGUGUUCAAGGCCCUCCACAAGCACUACAUCGACGUGCACGACCCCGUGGAGCCGUACACCUGCACCCACUGCCUCACCACCUUCGCCAGCCUCAAGCGCUUCAUCCGGCACGAGUGGAAGCACACCGGCUACCAGCCGUUCCAGUGCCCCCACUGCAGCAAGCGGUUCCGCUCGUACUCGGACCUGGUGGAGCACCAGAAGAAGCACACCAAGGCGUACCCGUUCCUCUGCUGGGAGUGCGGCAAGAAGUUCCGGCACGGCGUCACGCUGACGCGGCACGUGGAGCGCGUGCACCACUCCGGCGAGCCCGUAUCGGAGAAGCCCGUGCCGACGUUCACCUGCGCGCAGUGCGGCAAGACCUUCACGUCGCGGAGGUGCCUCCUGAAGCACGACAACUUCCACCACAAGGGGCUGCGCUUCCCGUGCGAGUUCUGCGGGAAGGGCUUCUUCGGCAAGGACGCCCUGGUGCGCCACACGCUGAUUCACACGGGCGAGCGGCCGUUCAAGUGCGACGACUGCGACAAGUCGUUCAGGUCGGCCGCCGAGCUGAAGAUCCACCGGCGGUACCACACGGGGGAGCGGCCCUUCAAGUGCAACGUCUGCGAAAAGGGCUUCGUACAGUCGUGCUUCCUCACCUUGCACAUGCGCACCCACACCGGAGAGAGACCGUAUGUUUGUACCGUGUGCAGCAAGGGCUUCUCCAGCCUGCACGGCCUGAAGCGACACAGGAGACUCGUGCACGCGUAGCUGAUGUUGGCACCAAUUUGCCUCUGGGUUCAGUUCGACGGUCUCCUAGCGAAGGAGGUCAGGGGUCGGCCACCGGUCCGAUUCUGAGGAACUUUCACGCGGCGUCAGCCGGUCCGAUGUUGGCCGAGAUGGCGCGAUUGAAACCGGGAGUUCCAGUAGAAGGACGUUUUCCUUGAUGUCAGCCACGCUGCUGUCACGGCGUGAGUUGUUUUGGGAACUUGUGUAAUUGUAUAGUGCAUUAUAAAAAAAGAAAAGAAAUAUUAAAAAAAGAAUGUACUUUAUUUUUUAUUUUUACAGAAAUGUUUGCUGUAAGUUCUACAUAAGAUUUGUAUGUAUAAACGAUAUAACCCGUGAUUCUUUUGGGAAUUAACUUUCUUUAAUAAAUUGAACAUUUGAUUCAAAGUGACGUUU